AUGCAAAAUAUUGUCGAACGAUGGAAUAAAACACGUCUCCCGUGGCAUUACUACAGAGAAGAAAAAUACAGACUGUCAACUUUUUGUACUUACCCGUCCUCUUGUACAAAAUGUGCUGCCGAGCUAGCCUCGGAUGGUUUUGUUUACACCGGAAGUGGCAGCAAUAACGACGACUCGGUGACCUGCUACUUCUGCAGGGUGACCAAGGGUGGCUGGAACUUUCUGGACAUUGUGCGAGACGUGCACGCUGCCAUCUCACCUGGGUGUUGUAUGGUGACAGGUGUCAACUGCGGUAACGUGCCUUUCAUCACCUGCAGCUUAUCAGCACAAAGUCUUUUGAACGCCGCCGCUGUUAUUUCUCUUCAAGAAGUCACGCCAGGAUUCGGAGAUCCAACACAGAAUAAUUUACCUUCACUCGAGACAAGAGGGACAGUUGCGACGACUUCACAUCAAACCCAAAAUGGCGUUUUGAUAACAAAUUCAAUACAGUCGAGCUUGAUUGGAACUUCAAUCCCAGUUUCAACGAACUCAUCUAGAUUGACAUCAAAUACAACAUUAAGAGCUGUUACUAGCAAUGAUACAGCAACAACUGUAACUUCAACACACAGCUCACAGAGUGCAAUUUCAACACAAUCAGCCGUGACACAAUCAACGGUAGCGCAAUCAACCGUAACACAAUUAAACGUAACACAAUCAACAAUAACACAAUCAGCCGUAACACAAUCAACCUUAACACAAUCAACGGUAGCGCAAUCAACCGUAACACAAUCAACCCAGCCUCUCAUCAAUACACCUGCGUCAACCGCCCUUAACAACACAGAACACAGCGCCACAGAAGUUGUUCCAGCCAUCACCACACCAACCAAUCAGGCAACAGGUGUUGUAGACCACGCCCCCACAAGAAGAAAGAAACCAGGGGGCGCUGCUCCCACUUUUAGAGAUCUCGCCAUCAUCACCGAGAGACCCAAGAGAAUCGAAUACGCCCUGAAGAUCAAGCGACUGGAGACCUUCGAGAACUGGCCCAGAGGACAUCACCUGUCGAUAGACGAACUGGCUUCUGCUGGAUUUUAUUAUGCUGGUUACGGCGACUGUGCCCGUUGUUUCUUCUGUGGUGGGGGUCUGAGGAACUGGGAAGAUGAAGAUGACGUGUGGGUAGAACAUGCCAGAUGGUUCCCUAAGGCUGCGGAUACACUAUACGUCGGCAGACCGAAUUUUUUCAUCUGA